AAGAGCCAAAUGGAGGCAAAGAAGGUGUUUGAAAACUUCACAGAGGGAGAUGUCAUCUUCCAGCCCACCUACAAAUACAAAAUUAGCUCGGACGAAUGGGAUACCAGGUGAAAAUGGUGGAUGAACAGCUCUACCACAAGGUCUUUGAGGAAACUGUGAGCUCCAUGGACAAGAGGGAGAAUGCCAGCAUCCCAUCAGUAACUCUCUCCAAGAGGGAGUUCUUUUUCAAAGAUUUGAAAUUUCUGCAGCUACAGGUGGACUUCUUCAUCAUCCACAAUGGGCCAACCCCUUGCCAGUUUGAGUUCAUCUGCAAGCCACAUGAAAGCAGCUAUUGCAAGCCAUGGUUAACAGCAAAACCCAGCAAGGGUUUCUUGUUAUCAGAUGCUGAGGUAACUGCUGAGUUGGAAGUGUUUGUGAAUAAAUCAACAGCAUCCCAUUUAAACUCUGGAGAAGACCAACUGGAAGACGUCUUAGUUUUACAUCUUGACCAGGGCAAGGAUUAUUUUUUAUCUGUGACAGGAAAUUAUCUCCCCAGCUGCUUUGGGACCCCCAUACAUGCUUUCAUUCACAUGAGACAACCCAUCCAAGAUAUAUUGCCAGAAACCAUCAAGAAGCUGACACUGAUGCCAUUGUGGUCAGGAGAUGAUUUCUUCUGGGAUGAGAAGCCCUUGGACUUACCCAAGGAGUUGUGGAUGAUGGUGGACCAUCUGUACCAUAAUGCUUGCCAAAAGAAGGACCUGUUCCAGCAGCCUGGUCCUCGAGCUGAGUUUCCGGAGAUCCGUGACUGCCUGGACACAGGGAUGUUGGACACACUCAUUGGCAGCAGCUGCUCUUUGGCUGAAGUUCUGCUUCUCUUCUUGGAGAGUCUUCCAGAGCCAGUUAUCUGCUUCCAGCUGUAUGACCGCAGUAUGGAAAGUGCCGGCAGUUACGGCCUGAGUAGCCAGGUAAUUUCCAUGCUCCCCAAGUGCCACAAAAAUGUCUUCAAUUAUCUGAUGGCAUUUCUACGGGAACUGCUGCGACAUUCUGAGAAAAACCACUUGAAUUGGCAUAUCCUUGCAAGUGUGUUUGGGCCUGUCCUGCUGCAUCCUCCACCUGGCCACCCAGCACCCAACACAGCUGAGAAGCAGAAGGCCCAGCAGUUCCUCCAGCACUUCCUUUCCCAGGAAGGAAGCUCACCUUGAAGGCUUGGGGGCUGUAAGAUUGUCAGUGGGAUUCCUGGGAAGAUGCUUCAGUAUAUUCAGACAAUUAUAUGCUUUAUUACUUUUAAACUUUUAAAAAAUAAAGAUAAUAUUUUAAAAAUAUACAGGUCAGUUAUGAAGAAGCAAUUUCAAAAAACUAGUAGUGGGUUUUGGUAUUAAAGGAGUGACUAAUAUGGAUUCUGACUCUUCAUAUCCCAAUUUCUAUGGGAAAAACAUGAGUCUCCUCCAUCGUUUUUUCAACCCUAAAUCAGGUUGCUUUAAUUUAAAUAAAUG